GCAUAAGACGCACUAGCUUUUGGGCUCUGCUCUAUCCGAGCAACCCUGGAAGCCCCUCGGUGAUAACAUAGCAGAAAAGGGGCUUGGAAAACAAUCUCUUGAAGGCUGCAAUCACUCAGCAUGAGAACAGCACGCGUGCUCAUGCGGGGAGCGCGAUCCGGCAGCAGCAGCCACCCAUCUGCUGCCGGCGCGGCGCGAGCACGUCUGCGGAGCAGCCACCCACACGCUGUCGGCGAGUCAAGAGCACGCCGCUGCCACCCACACGCUGUCGGCGCAACGAGAGCACGUGCGCGGAGCCUCGCUACCGACCAAAAGCCGCCAUUGGUACAUCAAAUAGCAACACUACCAGAGGCCGAGUUCAAGAAGCUCGCCGCGGCCGUCGGAAGACGUUUAGAGAAAGAAACGAAUAUGUCGGGCCAAGCGAUAGCUGCGGAGGCGGACCUGAACCACGACGGCGUCGUCACGGAAGCCGAGCUCAGCGCCUGGUGGCGGCGGCGGGCGCCAACCCUGCUCGCCGUGUCGGCGAGCCGCGCGACGGAGCCUCCAUCUAGAUCGCAGUUGAUGAAGCUUGGUUUAGUGGCGGCGGUGCCGUGCUUUACCUUUGGAUUUCUGGACAACGCCAUCAUGUUGGUGGCCGGCGAGCAGAUCGAGGCGCAUCUCGGCAUGAGUCUAGGCUUGAGCGCGAUGGCCUGCGCGGCCAUGGGCAACAUCGUGGCCGACACGACGGGCCAGGUCUCCGGCGGGACGGUCGAGCGUUUAUUGAGACCCGUGCUGCCGUGCGCGAACCUGUCGGCCGCGCAGCGCGCGACGGCGAGCGCGACGCGCGUCCAUGCAUUGGGCGGCGCGCUGGGCAUCAUCGUGGGCUGCGUCUUCGGCAUGUUUCCGUUGCUCUUCUACGAGGACCCGACGCCGUUCCCGCCCGCCGACUGCGGCUGCGACGACUGAGUGUUUUUUGCGGGGGUAAUCAAUUCGUUUUUGGAUGAA